UGCUACCAAUAGGACCCAGGCCUCACCCAAGCCAAAGGGCUGUCCAGGAUGCACGCACGAUCUACAACCCCUCUCUUGAAAAGGAAAGUAGGGCCCGGGACACUCCGACUGUGUGUGCGAAGGUCUCAGAGAGGGAAAGUAACCGGAGUCGGCCUUUUCGGGCGGAACCACCCGCUCCCACGAGUUUCACUGGGUCCUCGGCCCCGCCCCUCUUUUAUUCCGAGAGCAGCGACCCGAGCUGAAACUUUGUAACCCGAGCGCGCUCGGCCCGCGCUCCUCCCUGCCCAAGUCCAGCCCCGGAGGGAGGCGCAGGAGGUGGGACCUGCGGCCGGGGAGGCUCGGGGACGCCAGCGCACGCGGAGCGGAGACCCCCGGGAGAGCACGCCGCGCAGAGGAGGAGCUGAAGGGGGAGCGGAGCGCGCGGCGGGAGAGCCAGAGGAAGUGGUGCGGGCCAUCGGCGCAGUCGAGCGGCGGGGAGCAGCUGGGCCCAAGAGUCCCGUGCCGAGCCGAGGCCAGGGGGCCUGGGGUCACGGUCCCGCGUCCCCGCAGCUGCCGUCGCCCAGGAGCGGCAGCUGUGCCCGGGCUCCCUGCGGCGGCGGGGUUGGGGGGAGGAGGAGCUGCAGCUGGACGGUGGCAGCUGGAGGCGGAGCCACGCGGCUGUCCCGUGCGCCCAGGAGGGGACCGCGCUGUCCCGGCCGAGCCGCGCUGGGAUGACCCGCUGACCGCGGCCAUGCAGCCUUGACGGGGCGCUCCGGCGCACGGGGACCAGCUGCGGGGCGCGCCCUCUUGGGAAGGGGCAGCGGGCCCUGGUAGCAAGACUUUAACCGCCGACUCUAGCCUCGCUGGGAGCAAAACCGUUUACCAUGGAACCCGUGACCAAGUGGAGCCCCAAGCAAGUGGUGGACUGGACUAGAGUAACUGGACUUCCAGUGGACCCAGCAUUAGGGCUGGCUCGUGCAGUCAAACGUCGGCUGCUAUCUGGCACCCAGUCCAUGACCAGCAGUCCACAUUACCUGGGAGCUUGUUGGAGAUGCAGAAGCUCAGGCCCGCUGAAUCAGAAUCCGAAUUUUCACAAGAUCCCCUGGUGAUCCGUGUGCUCAUUACAGUCUGAGAAGCACUGCUGUGGCACAUAACUGCGAACCCAUUUUUAUACUCUGCUGGGUUAGAUGAUUGCCUGCAGCAGUAUGUCCACAAGUUUGAACGGGAGAAGAUAAAUGGAGAGCAGCUGCUGCAGAUUUCCCAUCAGGAUCUUGAGGAGCUGGGGGUCACGCGAAUUGGACACCAGGAACUUGUGUUGGAGGCUGUCGACCUUCUCUGUGCCCUGAAUUAUGGCCUGGAAACUGAUAAUAUGAAGAACUUAGUUCUGAAACUGCGAGCAUCUUCCCACAACUUACAAAAUUACAUAAGUAGCCGGAGGAAAAGUCCAGCUUAUGAUGGAAACACUUCCCACAAGCCCCCCAAUGAGUUCCUGACUUCUGUGGUGGAGCUAAUAGGUGCUGCUAAGGCCUUGUUGGCUUGGCUGGACCGGGCUCCAUUUACAGGGAUCACGGAUUUCUCAGUAACGAAGAACAAAAUCAUUCAGCUUUGCCUGGACCUGACAACUACCGUCCAGAAGGAUUGCCUUGUAGCAGAAAUGGAGGAUAAAGUUUUAACCGUAGUCAAGGUUUUAAAUGGUAUCUGUGACAAAACAAUACGAUCUACUACGGAUCCUGUUAUGAGCCAGUGUGCGUGUCUGGAGGAGGUUCACUUGCCGAACGUUAAACCUGGGGAAGGCCUGGGCAUGUACAUCAAAUCAACCUAUGAUGGAUUGCACGUGAUUACUGGAACCACAGAGAACUCUCCUGCAGAUAGAUCUCAGAAGAUUCAUGCUGGUGAUGAAGUCAUUCAGGUUAAUCAGCAAACUGUGGUGGGAUGGCAACUAAAAAAUCUGGUGAGAAAAUUAAGAGAGAAUCCUACAGGAGUCGUAUUACUGCUUAAGAAGCGCCCCACGGGUUCUUUCAACUUUACCCCUGCUCCCCUGAAAAACCUCCGGUGGAGACCGCCCCUUGUGCAGACCUCACCUCCACCCACGACAACCCAGUCCCCUGAAAGCACUAUGGAUACCUCGCUGAAGAAGGAGAAGCCAGCCAUCCUGGAUCUUUAUAUCCCUCCUCCACCAGCCGUUCCCUACUCCCCCCGGAAUGAGAACGGGAGUUUUCUUUAUGGAGGCCUCAGUAAAUGUAAACAGCCAUUGCCUGGUCCUAAGGGUUCCGAGUCGCCAAAUUCCUUCCUGGACCAGGAGAGCCGAAGACGGAGAUUUACCAUUGCUGAUUCUGAUCAGUUGCCUGGGUAUUCGGUGGAAACCAAUAUUCUGCCCACAAAAAUGAGAGAGAAAACACCAUCUUAUGGCAAGCCCCGGCCUUUGUCCAUGCCUGCGGAUGGGAGCUGGAUGGGGAUAGUGGACCCUUUUGCCAGACCUCGAGGUCAUGGGAGAAAGGGUGAGGAAGCCCUCUGUCGGUAUUUCAGUAAUGAGCGGAUCCCUCCCAUCAUCGAAGAAAGCUCCUCUCCCCCGUACCGGUUCUCACGGCCCCCAGCGGAGAGGCAGCUGGUCCGCGGCGCAGACUACGUCCGGGGGAGCAGGUGCUACAUCAGUUCGGAUCUCCACAGCAGCGCCACGAUUCCGUUCCAGGAGGAAGGGGCCCGAAAGAAGCCGGUCUCCUCGGCGGCCAAGUCCUCCUCUACAGAACCGUCCCUGCUGGUCAGCUGGUUUACUCGCCUCAAACUGUUGACUCACUGAGCCCCUCCCUGCCGGGACUCUUCCCCCUCUCCCGCUCGCAAGUGCCUUGCUUCCUCAGUUGACAACCUGUUCUGGUUUUCAUCCACAGUAUUAUGUAGUGACCUUAUGCAAUUUCAUUGUUUGUUUUCUUUUGGAAGUCGUAGACUGCCCUUCUCGGCAUUUUGAAGUAACUGGAUGGGAACAAAUCCGGAGGAUCUUAGGUGUUGCCUUGUGGAGGCCGAAGGAGAGAAAUGAGUCCGCUUUUCUUGCUUCCUUGUGGUCGGAACACGGAGACACGCUGUAACUGGGGCCUGGACCAGGAAUGUUGUGGCCAUGAUGAGGAACUGGGCCAUCGUUGGUGCUGGGCGUGGGGCUGAAGUGGGUGUCCAUUGUCACAGAGAUGUGUUGGUUUGUGGUCCAGCUUCUUCACCUGAAAAAGCCAGUGGGGAAAACAUUUUUGUUUUGAUUUUUCAAGCUACAUACCGUAUUUUUAAGUGUAGCAGCUUUGACUUUGAAAUAACAUGUGGCAUGCAUUUCAUGCUGUUUCAGAGAAGUGGUUUAAGUAAGUGUAGGCCUGUUACACUUGGCUCUUCCCUUUUCGUAACAAUCUCAGUAUGUAGGUCAGUUAAUACAGAAACACAUGAACACAUUUAGAUAGGGCUUAUUACACACAGUGAAGUUUAUGGUUAUUUGUGAGGGGUGUUGUUGUUAUAUAUUAUUGUCUUUAAGGGAAAAGAAGCUAUAAGAUUUGCUGACAGCCAAAGUAUCAUUCAGAACAAUGAAGCAACAAUAUUUAGGUUAACGAGAGAUACAUCAGUUUGCAUUUUGACUGUGUAACGUCUGUCUUCCAGAAAAAAACAAAACAAAACAGGCAGUUCUUCAAAAUUGUAUAUAUUUUGCUAAAUAGAAAUCUCUUGGAAAGUCUCAUGGUCACUAAUUUUCAACUAGCAUCAGGUAUUUUGGAAAAGUGUGUCAGGAUAUUAACUCUUGUUAAAACUGAAUGUAUGAUAUUUUGUUAGAACAGAAAAGUACUAUCUUGUUAAUUUAAGUGUUUUAAAUAUAGUUGUAUAUUUUUCUUACUCGUA